GUAUAUUUCUGUUUUGAAUUCAUCUUAUUUUCUUUAGUUAUUAUUAACAUUGUAUUACUUCUUAAAUUUCUUUUUUUUUUUUAAUCCAUAAAAAGAGAAUGCUUACAUUUCUCCCAGUUCAGAUGGAUUGGACGUCUAUCGCCGUCCAUGGCACUAAACACGAUCAUUCACUGCCAAGUGUGUGACGUGCGCAUGAUAAACUGUUUUUCCACCUUGGCUGAGCUCACCUCACACAUUUCUCCCCUCUGGCUGGCCGAACUGUUGGCCCUCAUUGUGAGUCCUUCACCGUCCCGAUCAACGUCUCUGUCCCCGGACACCGCGACGCCUGUCUGGGACGAAGGCGACGGGGAGGGAAGGUGCAAAGCCUCCGUGCAGAACAGUGUCCUCGGUCCAUGAAGCUCACAGAAAUGACACAGAGCCACCAAAGCGUUCAUCUAAACGGAUUAUUAGCAACAUUUAGAAAUCGAACGUAAUGUUUCAAAAGUAAACAUAAAAUUUCUUUCAGUAGUUUCCACAAGUGACAGCUCGUCUCACCUUCGACUAAUAGAAGUUCACUGUUCACUCACUUUAUAGAAAUACUUCCAUAAUUCGUCGUCCUCCCAAAUUAAGUCGCGUAAUAAUACUCAGCAUUUCGAGAAGUUUACACAAAAAAUAAAUGUCUUAUUUCGAGUGUCACAGCAAGCUUCUAUUGUGUUUACCUCCGCUAGCAUUAGCAUGACGUCAUAUGAGUGACUAGAGUCACGCGCUCUGGCUCAUUGCGGUUUUAAAUUUUUUCAUCGAAAUUUUAUGAGUCAUACAUAAAAAUGCCGUUUUCCCCCCCCACGCAUAAUGCAAUAACAUGGGUAUUUGUCUGUAAUACGAGUUUUAUACCUCGACAACAACGAACAUUUUCGACUAAAACUAAUGAGUACUACAUUACCCACAAUCCGUCACGGCAUAGCAUACUUUGUGUCAAGCGUGAGUUGCGGAAACUGCUACUUAGCAUGGCGUCAGAUUGCUCUGGAUUGUCUUCAGACACGAAGAAUUCCGAUGUUCAAAUAAAAGGUCCUGUUGAUACAGAAGAUGUCAAAACAGGUGGCGUCAAAAUAAUUUUUUAUUGAUGCGAAAGGAGUCGACGUGUGCCCGUUCUUCCUAGAGGGAAAGUGUCACUUUGGUGUCAGAUGUCGUAUGUCUCACAGGUCGAGCCAGCUGAUCUGUCAAGUAAACAGCAACAGCUCAGUAGACCCAGCUAACGAUAUCGCAGACGCUCUUAUUCCUGAUCAUGGGGAUGAACAGGUUAACGAAAACCAAAAGAAGAAAAAACCAAACAAGGCCAAAACUGCCAAACCCAAAGACGAUGAGGGAAACGAUGUCAACAAAAAACCUCGCAUGCGAACAGCUGACGACGUAAUCUCUCGGAUCCUCUGGGACACCUCGGUGGACGCGUCCCAAUUUGUAGUGGGCUACGUGGACCGUUUCCUGGGCGUGCUGGAUCGCCCCUUCUGUGACUUCAACUGGGACAUCAACCCAUGUGACUGCGACUACACCACGGAGCUGGCCCUUCCCAGACAUCGGAUCCAGUACUUCAGCUACAAAGGACACCGUGUGUGGGACCGCCACAGCAGGACCGACAGGGUCUUCGGCUCCACUGGUCAAUCUCUGGCUCCCCCCUUUGGAGGGGAGGAGAAAAUUGAAGGAAAGGAAACACAGCCUGAUGACCAAGAGCAACAAGUGAGAGUGACUUUGAAUCACCCCAAAACAAGAGAAGAGCAACCACCUGCUGUUGUCGGGCAGAAAAUGGAGCGUACUCACGCUGAGAAUGCACAUCUGCAGGAAGAAGAGCACAAUGAGAUGAACGCUCGCACUUCUGAGUCAGCGCAAGCGUGUCAGGCCUCGGCAUGUUUUGCGGAGGAGGCGCCAAAUAGUGGGAAGACAUCCACAGACAAAGACGCACCGAAUGUAGAAGAUGGGGACGCGACUGAAAAUUUGGCUGAAGGGGACGACAGUUUUGAAGGAUUGAAUAAUUUGAAUCUUUCGGAAUCCCUGGAACAAAAAGAGAACAUCCCCGGCCGUCGCCGUAAAAAGAAACCCACGCACUUCAUCACUUUCCGUGCCAACACUCCCGCCAUCCUCACCUGUUUCCAGCAGCUCCAGGACGAGAUCACCACCCUCCUCCCGUCGUCCGCCCCUCACUGGCAGGCCUCCACCAGCCUGCACGUCACUAUGUGCCUCCUGGUUCUCCGAACCCCGUCCGAAGUGGAAGCCGCCGAAGAAAUCCUCAGACGCUUCGCCCAGUUUGAUCGCAACCCCCCGGUGGCUCUCAGCUUCCCCUUGAAGCUGAAGCAUUUCAAUGGCAGGGUGUUGUACCUCAGCCCGCAGCCUCAGAUUCAGCUCCAGCAGCUCAACGCAGGCCUGCAGGAAGCGUACCGGAGCCAGGGUUUGCUCCAUAGGGACUCCUACAACCCUCGCUACCAUCUGACCCUGGCCAAAGUAAGGGGCUGCGAGGGAGAACGAAUAUUCGACGGGGUAGGCUACCUGAAGGUGGGCAAAGGUUUAAAUUUCGGACGUUUGCCUAUAAACACGUUGCACCUUUGUGUCGUCGGGGGUGAUGAUGUAGACGGUUUUUAUGAGAUCGUGUGUUCAGUAACUCUUAGAUGAU